GGACACAUCAAGCUGCUUGUCGCACAGCCAUGGAUCCACAUACGGCAAGGCCAUCAAGGCCGGCCCCUGGCAUCCUACUGGGCGCGGCGGGCCGCGAUUGUCGGGGCCAAGAAGUGGUGGAACCCACCAUGCCACAGAGGUUGAAAGUUCCCAAGCCACCUGAUCGGCUGCUGUUGGGAGGAGAGCCCACAGGAGUGUUGCACACGGGUGAAAUCGUGAGUCGCCUUGAACGCAACCGUCGCACCAAGGGUCACUGUCGUCCUCAGCACCGCUUGGAGUCAGGAGCCAUCUCUGCCCUGCAGAAUGUGAAGAGCGAUUUGCCAGUGUGUUGUCGAGCUCCGGGUGAACCACCAGCAGAAAAACUACGACUUCUGUUGCGGCCAAGGCACAAAGUGCAGGAAACUUCCAGGGCACAUCUCCCCGUCUCCAUCCCCGUAGUGCGGGAGCUUCAGCGCCUCCGUGGCGCACCCGCAGCGGAGAUUCAGCGCAUCUCGGCACAGCCGCCGGCCGCGCGGCUGCUGCGCUAUGACCGGGAUGACUGGGAUGCCUGUGAGCCGACUCCCAAGGAGCGGCAGAGGGCAUCGCCGGCAUCGCAUCAGCCUCAAGGGCUGAUUUUUCCCUGCUUCAAAUCUUCCAGAAGACUCAAUCCGGAGGAAUAUCCUGCCAAACCAUCCAAAGCAUUUGCAGCAGUCUUGCCAAGUUAAGCUGAGGGCAAUGGUACUACUGUAGAAUGAUUUUAAGAUAUUUUAAGUCUUGUCUUGUUUGCCCGGUGGUGCUGACAGAGCGCUGCUGGCAUCACAGUGCCGGCAAAGCUGCGCACGUGGUAUGCAAGGGCCCCAUCAUCGGACAUUCCCAAACUGGACUUCCCUGCACAGUUUGAGGUGAAAAAUGUGAAA